CAAUUUGUUGUGGUCUUGGAAUCUCAACAGAAGGGACUAAGGCUACUCUAAUACAAAAAAUAAGGUGGUUUUCCUAUGAACGUGCUGAGAAACAAAAAAAGAUGUCCUAUGAAGAUACCGUGUCAAUAUGUUCGGAAUACCCAACUGAAGAAAAUGAGAUCUUACCAUCAAGAAUAGAUACCCAAGUUGAAGAAGGGCAAAGUUCCCAACACCAAAUGAUGGAGGAUACGUACGAAAUACCAAGAAAAUCAAACAAACACCGAUAUCAAAACGACGAUGACAACGAAGGCCCAGGUGCCUUAGAACACAAGAUGCUAUUGGAGUUUAAAAAAUUGGAGACUGCAAUCCUAGGAUUUAACGAUAGGUUAAACUCGGUGUUCGCCCAGAUACAAGAUACCCACCAAAGA